UGAGCGUGUGCGCGUGUCGGUGGGUGAACACACGCGCGUCAAAAGCCUCGGUAGAAAUCUUGACAGCCGCUGUUCAUCAUCAUAUUAUUGCCAUGGAUUUGGUUGAGUGGUUAAAAUCCAAGAAAUCAACCCAUAUGUGUUCCGUCCGUGUGCCGUUAUAGUCCUCUGGUCCCCGCGCUUCCAACCUGUAUCCACACACUACAUGUGCUGUGAUGCGCAUUACCAAGGAUGCAUAAAGGCAGAGGACGGCGUGCGCCCCUGGAUGCGAGUUACUGAAGUCGCAGCGACUCCACUCCGUGUUUUGCCCUGCCCUAAUGCGCUGUGCACACUGUGCAGCGUGUGUCUACGUUACAUUUCGCCUUUCCCACCCUGACACAAACAGAGGGCUGCUGUGUGUGCGGGAGAAGUUGUUGGCACAGAAAGCACCAGGUUGCAGCUGCCUUCUCCAAACGGAUUUGUGCAAGCUGGGAGCAAUCGGACUAAAUUGGGCUUCUUCUCUUUUCGAGUGGAAGAUACGAAGCUUUUGGGAUGAGGUGGACGCAGCAGUAUCUAAAGUGAGGGGUGCUUUUUGUUUAAGUGAACCUCUGAUAUCGUGCUUAGAGGAGAAAUCUUUCAAUCAGCCCUUUGGAUUUCUUUUAUUCUGACGGAGCUCGUAUUUCCCUGUGAAGCGUUAUCAAGGAUUUCACUGAUGUAUGCGAUGUGGGGACUGCAAGUCGCCUUAUGUACUCUGUCGGUGCUGUCCCUGUCAUCUGGUGGUGAAAGCAAAGCUCGGAGCUGUAGCGAGGUUAGACAAGCUUAUAACGCUAAAGGAUUCAGCCUUGUCAAUGUACCUCAUCAGGAAAUAUCAGGUGAGCACCUGCGUGUCUGUCAUCAGGGAUACACCUGCUGCACGUCCGAGAUGGAGGAUAAACUCAACCAGCAGAGCAAACUGGAGUUCGAGAACUCGGUUGAGGAGAGCAGCCACAAUAUGAGGACGACAUUUGUUUCAAGGCACAAAAAGUUUGAUGAGUUUUUCUUGGAGCUGCUGGACAAUUCUGAGAAGUCUCUCAACAGUAUGUUCACAAGGACAUAUGGGAAGCUGUAUAUGCAGAAUUUAGAGGUGUUCCAGGACCUGUUCACAGAGCUUAAGCGCUACUACACGGGGGGCAACGUCAACCUGGAGGAGAUGCUGAAUGACUUCUGGUCCAGGCUGCUGGAGCGGAUGUUCCAGUUACUCAACUCUCAGUACCACUUCACAGAUGACUACCUGGAGUGUGUCAGUAAAUACACAGAUCAGCUAAAGCCCUUUGGAGAUGUGCCCAGGAAACUGAAGGCCCAAGUCACCAGGGCCUUCAUCGCUGCACGGACGUUUGUCCAAGGACUAAUGGUGGGUCGGGAGGUCGCCAACAGGGUCGCCAAGGUGAAUGUUGUUCCAGCAUGUGUCAGAGCCUUGACCAAGAUGCUGUACUGUCCGUACUGUCGUGGCAUGCCUGGACUGAAACCCUGUCCCAACUACUGUCACAAUGUGAUGAGGGGCUGUCUAGCAAACCAGGCAGAUCUUGAUGCUGAAUGGAACUUCUUCAUUGAUGCUAUGUUACUGGUGGCGGACAGACUGGAGGGCCCCUUCAACAUUGAAGCAGUCAUACAGCCAAUUGACAUCAAGAUCUCUGAGGCCAUCAUGACCAUGCAGGAGAACAGCAUGCAAGUGUCAGCUAAGGUGUUUCAGGGCUGUGGCCAACCAAAGCCAUUAGGAAUAGGCAGGUCUGCACGUGGCAUCUCAGAUAUGUUUAGUGUUCGCUUCAGACCCUACGCCCCUGAGGAGAGGCCAACCACAGCAGCUGGAACAAGCCUGGAUAGAUUGAGGGUUGUCUGGAGGACAAUGCAAGAAAGCGUGAUUGACAUCAAAGAGAAGUUGAAGGAGUCCAAGAGGUUCUGGUCCAAUCUGCCAGAUGACAUCUGUGCCAAGGGCAAGUUCACAGAGUCUGACGAGGAACAGUGCUGGAACAGCCACACUAAGGGCAGAUAUUUUCCUGAAGUGGUGAAGGAGGGUCUAACCAACCAGGUGAACAACCCAGAGGUGGAGGUGGAUAUCACCAGGCCUGACACAUUGAUUCGGCAGCAGAUCAUGGCUCUACGUGUCAUGACCAACAAACUGAAGAAUGCCUACAAUGGAAAUGACAUCUACUUCCCGGACUCUAGUGACGAGGGCAGUAGUUCAGGCAGCGGUAGUGGCUGCUCUGACGGCUGCACAACAGAGUUUGUUUUUGUUGGAACAGAGGCUCCUGUAAUCAGAGCUGACAGAAGCGAUGAACGCGCAGCAGCUGCAGGCAAGUCACCUUCCCGUGGACCCUCCAUAAUGCUGCUUAUGGCCACCCUCACACUCCCACUUUGGGCAAGCCAAACUCAAUGGAGAUAAUACGAGUGUGGCCGAAUCAGACUUUUAUACUGUAACAUACAGUAUGUUUAACAGCAAGUUCUACUGCUGUUCCCUCACUGGACAUGUAGUACCUCCUGGAAUCCUGUUGACAAUGGCUUACUGUAUGGUCGGACUGGAAGUGAGUGCAGUGCUGCAUCCUGCUCGUCCCCCAAAGAAUGCCCGGUGCCAUCGCUGAACCAGCUUUCACAUCUCUGAAAAAAAAGAAGAAAAUGGUGUGUUUUCUUAUUCUAAAGUCAAGUUUGAAAAAUUUCUCUUUUAGAAAGUGAAACAAUCUUGAGAAGAUUCUGUCACUGCUUUUACUUUUUCUUUGUACAAUGAAAGUUGUGAAAAGGCAAUGCCCAUUUUAUCCUAUUACUCUUCUCCCCCUCACACAAAAGGAGAACGUCUUACUGUGUGCAUGCAUGGAAAUGAUGUUAAGUGACAGUUAAUUUGGGUCUUUUUUUUCCUUUAUGCAGUCUACACAGUUUUGAAUUGGUACAGGAUUGUACAGUGUUAGCAGUUCACCUGGGUUCCCAAUUUGGCUACUAUAUUAAUGUGGCUUCAGGAAGCAGCAGUUCUUAUGGCCACUUUAUAGAUGCACAUUUGCUUAUCUCUAAGAAAGUGCUAAUGUAUUGCACUAAGAGAACUACUUUGCACAGAUUAGUUUUGUUGGCUUCUUAAGUUUAUAAAGCUGCAGGAAACAUCCACCACAGAGAAAGAAAAGCUAUAUUUUCAGAUCAUUUAACUGAUUGUAUUGUGCUUAAAUAUAGUUACAGUAUGUAUUUCACUGGAAGGUAAUCUUAUUGAUUUAGUUAAUGGCUACAUUUUUAAAUGUAUUAUUUGUUUUUACAAGUUAUUUAACAACCUGAAAAUGAAAAAAGUUUCUGCAACAACACUAAGCCAAUAUACUACAGUUGCCUGCUCACAAUGUUCAGUUACCCUGUUUUACUCGACACUUAAACAUCUUUCUUUUUAAUUUUCUCAGAGGACUCAGAGUAGUGCUAUUACAUAUGCUGAUUACAUUUUCAUUUACAUUUCAUUCAUUUCUAUUAUAUUUUAUUUAUUUUUGUUACUCGUUUAGAUUACAUGUAUAUCUGACUAGGGAUUGUAACCCUAGUCCUGUGAGCUCACACCCAACCCUCUGACAGGCCCUGCAGGUUUAUCCUUCUCACUUCACAAAGCACCACAAAAAGUUGUAUGUUCUUGCUUAGCCAGUGAGAAUAGAUCCACCUCCCCUACAGACUACAGGUUGUAUAAAUGGUCAUGUACUCUUACAGGACACAUACAAAGUCAGCAACUUAAAAAAGAAACUGGGUGUUAGAGGGCUCUGACUGUACUCUUAGAACUAGAGUUACAGUACUAUUCAUAACAUAUCUCCUAUGGGUUUUAACCUCUUAACAGGCUCUAGAGGCUUUGGGAGCAAAGAAAAUAGCUUGCACUUCACUGACACAAUACAAUGGCCAUGACUUCUGGCCACACACACACACACACACACACACACGGCGGAAAUUUUGCAGGCAUACUGGUGGAACAAACACAGGGGCAGAUGUUCACUGUUACACGAGAGAGGGCCUUCUAGGCAUCCACCCUCAUGCUGGGUUGGACCUGGAGGAGCCCGACCCAUCAGAUCAUAAUCAUCUGAAAUGCUUUAAUUUAGCCAAUAAACAAGUCUCUUGUCUGAACAGGGGCCUUACCCACAGCCCAUCACUGUAACAAAUUAACAGCUGUUGUGUGCAACUCAAGAGACUUUACGUUUCACAUAGUAUAUUAAAGCAAGCACAGGGUACGAAUUUCCCCUGUCUUGCACGAAGGGAGAGAGGAUCAAAAGUAUUAAGCUACUGUACGUCCUCCAAGAUCUGAAAAAAAUAUCUUAUGUUCUUCCACACAAAUGACAAGUGUGGGUGAACUGUGGUGCUUCUGUGGCCUCUUCAAAUGAGCAGAUAAUUAGAGUUGAGUGGGAUCUGCUUUGCCAAAAUCUGUGCCAGCAUCAGAGUUGCCUUCACAGACAGCACCAUAAUGGAAAUCUUGCGUCAGAGGGCUCAUAUGGCUCACAAGAGAGACCAGAAGCACCACAGGAAUCCCACUGCAGAUCAGUUGACCUGUGUCACCUCUCGCUGCAGAAACCACUUUAUGAGAAAGUGACUGAACUCAACCACCCACCAAAACCAGCAUGAUUCAAUUAAAAUCACUGAUGCAUUAGACUUUAAUUGUAGAACACGACAGCACAUUAGAAAAUCUGAAGCCUGAGGAAAGACAACACUGAAGUGAUCAACAAAAAGGACAGACAGAAGGUCUGGUUCCAUCCACCUGUUUUUAUGCACAUUUUUAAUUUGCACUGUCAACUGUUUAUCUCAGUGCAUCCAACUUCUGAUACAGUGUGGAGGGAAACAGAAAGGCACAUUUAUAAACAUUUUCUUUAGCUGAUUUUCUAGAAAAUGUUACAAUUUACUCAACAUUUUAAUGAAAAAACAUGACUAGUAGAGAAGGACUAGUAUAAAGAUAACACUGCCAAAAUAUUAUUAUCAGUAUCACAACUGCAACAUAGUUACUGACGAGGAGGUCAACAGUAAUAAAAUAGUAAAGGAAGUUGCUGAACAACACACAGUAUGGGCAGCAAGCUGAGCAGGUCUUAGAAAGGGCACAAAGAAAACAAGUACUCACC